AUGACGGAAGAGAGCGCCAAGAAGACCAAGCUUUCAUGGUCCAAGUCCCUCGUGAGGAAAUGGUUCAACAUCCGCCCCAAGGCGCAGGACUUCCAUGCUGAUUUCGACGCUGGCCAGGCAAGGGAUGGUGGUGGUGGAUCAUGGAGGCCCAGCUGUUCCUCGAGCGAAGCAAGCGCAAGCACUGCUGCCAAGAAAAGCAGAACUAACCGAUCGUCGUCAAAGUGGAGUGCUGAACGCGCUCGCCCAGGGAAGAAUAAUUUUGAUGCAGCACACCUGACGGAAGUGCAAGAUUACAGGAUCUUUGCUGCAACGUGGAACGUCGGUGGUAAGUCACCACCAAGGGGGCUAAAUUUAGAUGAAUGGCUCCAUACUUCUCCUCCUGCCGAUAUCUAUGUCUUAGGGUUUCAAGAGAUUGUCCCUUUGAACGCGGGAAACGUUCUUGGCACUGAAGAUAACCUUCCAGCCAAGAAGUGGGUGUCCCUUAUUAGGCGGACACUGAACAAGAAUCCUGGAGCUAGUGGUUGUGGUGGCUAUCAUACACCCUCACCAGUCCUGGAUCCAGUUGUAGAACUGGAUGCUGAUUUUGAGGGGUCUGCAAGAAGGCAGGAGAACUUCUCAUUCUUUCAUCGCCGGUCGUUCCACAACCUCAGCCGUAGUUUAAGAAUGGAUGGGGACUUCAUGUUCCCGCAACCAAGGCUAGAUCGCAGGUUUAGCGUUUGCGAUCCAGUCAACUUAGGAGGCAGACCAAGUGAUUUUGAUGGAAAUUUGCGCUGCCCUGGAUCACCUGAUGAGGAUAACAUAGAUAUGGAAGUGAGCGAUGGUGCACAAAUUUCACCAUUCCCUCAUAGCUACAGUGCAUCUGCACCUUCUGAACAAAAUGAUGAUCAAUCAAACAGCUCUAGGUAUUGCUUGGUUGCCAGCAAACAAAUGGUUGGCAUAUUUCUCACAGUGUGGGUACGCAAUGAAAUAAGAGAUGAUGUCAGAAACUUGAAAGUUUCUUGUGUGGGUAGAGGAUUGAUGGGUUAUCUUGGAAAUAAGGGUUCAAUUUCAAUAAGCAUGUCUUUGCACCAGACAAGCUUCUGCUUCAUAUGUUGCCAUUUGACGUCAGGGGAAAAGGAAGGGGAUGAACUGCGCAGGAACUCUGAUGUUCUGGAAAUUUUAAGAAAGACUAGAUUCCCGCGGGUUCGUGGUGCUGGUGAUGUUAAGUCACCUGAAACGAUUCUUGAGCAUGAUCGGAUUAUAUGGCUAGGGGAUUUGAAUUAUCGGAUUGCCCUAUCAUAUUGUUCAGCAAAGGCUCUUGUGGAAAUGCAUAACUGGAAGCAAUUAUUGGAGAAAGAUCAGCUGCGGAUGCAACAAAGAUAUGGACGAGUUUUCCAGGGUUGGAAAGAAGGGAGGAUCUAUUUUCCUCCCACAUACAAAUAUUCAUUCAACUCAGAUCGGUAUGCUGGAGAGGGUAGGCACCCUAAAGAGAAGAGGAGAACACCAGCAUGGUGUGAUCGCAUUCUCUGGUAUGGCAACGGCCUCAAUCAGCUGUCUUACGUUCGUGGAGAGUCUCGUUUCUCCGAUCACAGGCCGGUGUACAGUAUUUUCUUGGCAGAGGUUGACAUUGUACACCAAAGGAGGAGAAACAUGGGCUAUUUCAGCUCUAGAAUUGAGGUGGAGGAGCUCUUGCCGCAUUCUCAGAGCUAUAGAGAAAUAAAGUUUUAUUGA